GUCACGUUUGUUGUCCUAUGUAAUCGAUUGUCGAUAGUUUUGCCCCACAAAAGAUGGCGGAUAGAACGCCUGGCGGCUCUCAUAAAGCUAGCGCUAAGGCGCUGCUGGAGAGCAAGCUGAAGUCAUUCAGCAUUGGGAAGAUGUCAGGAACAAAACGCACACUGAGCAAAAAAGAGCAAGAUGAAAUCAAGAAAAAGGAAGACGAGAGAGCUGCAGCAGAAAUUUAUGAAGAGUUUCUUGCAGCUUUUGAAGGAGGUGGAGAGGGAAAAGUCAAAACAUUUGUCAGAGGGGGUCUUGCCAAUGCAUCGAAGGAUGAAUCUACAACUGAAGACAAAAAAGGAAAGCUGUACAAACCCAAAUCACGUUUUGAGCCUCCACAAAGAAACAUCUUGCCUUUAGAAACACCAUCUCAGUUUUUACCUUUUGAUAAAAGAAAUCUUUUGAAGAAGAGCAAUGAAAAGGAAAAGAAGAAAAGCAACCUGGAGCUCUUCAAAGAAGAGCUUAAACAAAUUCAAGAGGAGAGGGAUGAGCGACACAAGUUGAAAGGCCGCGUUAGCCGGUUUGAACCUGUCGCUGGAGUGGAUGGAAGACGUUCAUCGGAUGGUUCUUCACGAAGAAACCGUCCGUCCAGUGUUUUAGACGACAGUGCACCAGGCUCUCAUGAUGUAGGAGACCCAUCAACAACAAACUUGUAUUUGGGAAACAUCAAUCCUCAGAUGAAUGAAGAGAUGCUGUGUCAAGAAUUUGGGCGUUAUGGGCCCCUGGCUAGUGUCAAGAUCAUGUGGCCAAGGACCGACGAAGAACGAGCCCGUGAGAGGAAUUGUGGCUUUGUAGCUUUCAUGAACAGGAGGGAUGCUGAACGUGCACUCAAAAAUCUCAAUGGAAAAACUAUCAUGAAUUUUGAGAUGAAACUGGGCUGGGGCAAAGGCGUUCCUAUUCCUCCCCAUCCCAUCUACAUCCCUCCUUCCAUGAUGGAGCACACACUGCCCCCACCCCCCUCUGGCCUGCCUUUCAACGCCCAGACCCGAGAGAGGCUAAAGAAUCCUAACGCGCCCCUGCUCCCUCCACCCAAAAACAAGGAGGAGUUUGAGAAGACUCUGUCGCAAGCCAUAGUCAAAGUGGUUAUCCCAACAGAAAGGAAUUUGCUUUCUCUCAUCCAUCGUAUGAUCGAGUUUGUGGUGCGUGAGGGCCCAAUGUUUGAAGCCAUGAUCAUGAACCGAGAACUCAACAACCCCAUGUACAGGUUUCUUUUUGAGAACCAGAGCCCAGCCCACGUGUAUUAUAGAUGGAAGCUUUAUUCCAUACUACAGGGUGAAUCACCAGCCAAAUGGCGAACAGAAGAUUUUAGGAUGUUCAAAAAUGGCUCUCUUUGGCGCCCCCCUCCUCUAAACCCUUAUCUACACGGGCCAUAUGACGACAAAGAUGAAGAGGAAGAAGAGGAGGAAGGGAGCAAGAAAGGCUGCUUGAAAGAAGAUGAGCGAGAUAAGUUGGAGGAGAUGUUGCGCGGCCUGACACCCCGGAGAGGAGAUGUGGGUGAAGCUAUGCUGUUUUGUCUUAAUCAUGCCGAGGCUGCAGAAGAGAUUGUUGAAUGUAUUGCAGAAUCAUUAUCUAUCCUUAAAACCCCACUUCCUAAGAAGAUUGCUCGGUUAUAUCUGGUCUCUGAUGUGUUAUACAACUCUUCUGCAAAAGUAGCCAAUGCAUCAUAUUAUAGAAAAUAUUUUGAGUCAAAACUUUGUCAGAUAUUCUCAGACCUGAAUGCAACAUACAAAACAAUACAAGGUCAUCUACAAAGUGAAAACUUCAAGCAACGUGUAAUGUCGUGUUUCCGUGCAUGGGAAGAAUGGGCUGUGUACCCGGACCCUUUCCUCAUCAAGCUCCAGAACAUCUUCCUUGGUCUGGUCAAUCUGUCUUCUGAAAAAGAAACUGCCGCUCUUUUGCCUGAGAGUGAAGCUGCAGAUGACGUGGAUGGCGCUCCCAUAGUGGAUUAUAUGGACACUGUGGAGGAUGUGGAUGGGAUGCCCAUCGACGGUGCACCUAUAGAUGGUGCUCCACUCGAUGGAGCUCCUUUGGAUGACCUCGAUGGUGUUCCCAUUCGUCAUGCAGAAGAUGACAUUGAUGGAAUACCCUUUGAUCAGUCUAAAGAGGCAGCCUUCAAGGUAGCACCUUCUAAAUGGGAAGCCGUAGAUGAGUCCGAAUUGGAAGCUCAAGCUGUGACAACAUCCAAAUGGGAAAUUUUUGAGCAGCCAGAAGGAAUGAAAAAGAAUGGGGAUGACUCCGAAGACCCACAGAGCUACUCCAACCCCACGAGAGAAGACAUGGACUACAAAAUCAAUGAGGAGAAACGCUCCAAGCUCCGAGAGAUUGAGGUAAAAGUAAUGAAAUUUCAAGAUGAACUGGAAUCAGGAAAAAGACCCAAGAAAGCUGGUCAGAGUAUUCAGGAACAAGUGGAACACUAUCGAGACAAACUACUACAAAAGGAAAAAGAAAAGGAGAAACUUGAACGAGAAAAAGAGCGUGAGAGGAAAGAGAAGGAAAAGGCAGAGACACGACUGAAAGAGCUGAAGAAAGAGAAGGACAAGGAUGACACGCCCACCAGGAAAGACAGGAAGCGCCAUCACAGUAACUCCCCCAGUCCAGCACGCAGUAGCAGCAGACGGGGGCGUUCAUCUUCUCCUCGCUCUGAGAGGUCUGAGCGCUCAGACCGCUCCUACUCUAAAGACACUUCCUCUCGCUCUUCUUAUAAAGACUCUCCACGCUCUAGUAAAAAGUCCUCCAAGAGAUCUCCAUCUCCUCGCACACCUAAACGUUCACGGCGGUCACGCUCAAGAACACCCAAGAAGUCCACAAAAAAGUCCAGGUCAAAGUCCCGCUCCCGGUCGCCUCAUCGCUCUCACAAGAAGUCAAAGAAAAGUAAACACUGACAUUUCAGAGGACUUGUGACUGCCUUUUCUGAUGCCUAAUGUGCACCCCAGGGCUCCCAAUGUACAGACACAGAUCACUGCAGGGUGUUGCAUGGUUUUCGUUGGCUAUUUGAAAUGGAUGAGGCCAUGGCUGUUUUAUUUUGUAAAAAUAAAUAAUGUAAAUGUUGAUCUGGACAUCCCCUCCUCACAGUGGAAAUUACCUACAUGGUAGUAGACCACUCCCACACAGCGUGCGAUAUUGACGGGUGUCUUUUAUUCAUGCUGUCAAUUUCCGUUUUGUAGAUUACAUUAGAAAAGAAUUCCUAAUAAACAUGAUUCUUUUUUUAA